AUGUCAUUAGCAUAUUUCUGACUAUAUUUGAUGCUUGCGCAAAGACGCGCCACUACUGCUGCAGCGCACCGACCAGAGAGCAUCCAGAAACCCUCCGACUACCUGCAACAAUGGCUGACAAACCCGACAUUUCAGAAGUGGAGAAAUUCGACAAAGCGAAGCUAAAAAAGACCGAGACGCAGGAGAAGAAUGUCCUGCCUACACAAGACAUCAUCGAACAGGAGAAGAAAGACAAGUCGUGAAGCCCCUCCUUCCCAUCAUGCACUGUACACCCCUUCCUCCUCCUCCUCCUCCUCCCGCAUUGCCUUGUUUUCAGUCACUUCUUUUUAGAUGUAUAACUUUGUAACCGAAAUUAUGAAACGAUAACCACGCUGCACAGCCUGUGGGGGGUUCGGGCCCCGUCCCCUCGACGCUCGUACGCCACCUUAAUUUCCCCCUGACGAUGAGGAGGAUGUGGGGCAGAGGAGGGGAUGCACGUCCUUUCUUUAACACCUGAUAACACCGAGGUGCAGCGGCCGGGGGCCUCGGGGACGGGGCGCGGCCUGGGCCCCAGGAAGCUCCAUCGCCCCCUCAACACCCUACUUCCUGUAUGGCUGCUUUAGCGCCCCGAGCCGUGGCGUCAAGCUUUUUAAGUUUUUAAUUGUUUCUUCUAAUUUUCGGGAAAUGCACAACUUUGUUUGUACGCUGGCCAAAAUAUAAAUCCCCCCCAAAAUGUUCUGUGUUUUUGUUGUUGUUCUUUUGUAUGUACACAAGGAUAAACAUGUAACAGAUUCCAUCUAGAUCUGUGAGAUGCUCUCAAAUGGACCUGAUUUAGGGUUACAUUCGGGAUAGCUUCAAAUCUGUCUCGUCUGAAAUGAGGAAAAGAGCAAUUGAUUCAGUUUGUUUGCUUUCAACAUUCGUUGUCCAAAGUUUCCAGCGGUCAUGUUACUCUGCCACAAAAACGUGAAAUGUUGUAAUAAAAAAGAUUUUGUUACUAAAA